AUGUCCACUACGAACACCGUUUCCAACAUGAAGUUCGACGCGAUUGUCUUUGAUUUGGACAGGACAUUGUUCGAUAACGAACACACUGGAAGACAAGCAAUGUCCGCCGUAACAAAGGAGUUCCCCGUCCUUCUUCAGCAGCACAACUUGGAUCAUCUCAUUAUGAUGGAGCUCCACGUCUAUCGCGGGCAUCAGAAGUCGAAGACCGGGUUCAUCAUGGGCCACGAAUUCACUGGCACGGUUACUGCUAUUGGCAAAACUGUCAAAUCGAAUGGAGGAACCUGCAGAUGCUCAGAAGGUCUACUCUUUGGCUCUGCCCUACUAGACGGGGGUCAAGCUGAGUUUGUGCGGAUCCCCCUUGCAGAUGGCACAAUUGUCAAAGCCCCUCCCAGCAUCCCAGAACAAGCUUUGGUUGUCAUGGCGGAUAUCUUCCCGACCGGAUACUUUGGAGUGAAGAGCGCUGUCGAGCUUCUGCCUUCACGCAAUUUGCAGGAUUCUGUUGUCGUAGUCAUUGGAUGUGGCCCGGUAGGACUAUGUGCGAUCACUGUCGCGGCUCACUACAAACCGAAACACCUGUUCGCAGUCGACAGCGUCGACAGCCGACUCGACCAGGCCCGGAGGCUUGGUGCGGAGCCGUUGAACUUUCUUUCAGACAAGGCGGGCAUGCAGGCUAGAGUCAGAGAAGUCUCAGAUGGACGCGGUGCAGAUGUGGCAAUCGAGGUAGUAGGGCUAUCGCCGGCCCUCAGGACUGCCUUUGACUUGAUCCGGCCUUUGGGUGUGAUCAGCAGUAUUGGUAUUCCCUGGACGGGCAAUGAGGCUUACAACAAGAAUGUUCGCCUCCAGAUGGGACGUUGUCCUGUUCGCAGCAUCUUUCCCGAAGCUCUCGCGCUUUUGGAGGAGAAGCAUCAUCUUCUAGGAUUCAUGUUCGAGAACAUUCUACCUCUUUCUGAAGCUGUCAAAGGAUAUGAACUCUUCGACAACGCCGAAGUGCAAAAGGUGAUCUUCAAGCCGUAG